CCUCCAGGGUUAGACCUGUGUGAGGUGGGAGUGUUCAGACUCAGCAUCCAGAGAAGACCAACUGGCAGCACCGGAUCCUCUGCUGCCCGCAGCGCGAGCUUCUGUUCGGAUCUGGACUGAGUGAAGCAUUGUUGGACCCGAACCGGUCCCGUUUUAUUACCGUGCAGCGGACCGGUGCGCAAUGGACGCGGCGGAGUGCGGGGUGUGCGGGGUGAAGGUGAUGUGUCGCUUUCGGCCGCUGAACGACGCGGAGCGGAGCCGCGGGGACAAAUUCAUCCCGAAGUUCAGCGGAGAGGACACGGUGGUCCUGGCGGGGAAGCCAUAUGUCUUUGACCGAGUUCUUCCUCCAAACACCGAACAAGUUCAGGUCUACGACACCUGCGCCAAACAGAUUGUUAAAGAUGUGUUGGGAGGAUACAACGGCACCAUCUUCGCCUAUGGUCAGACGUCAUCAGGAAAGACUCACACCAUGGAGGGAAACCUCCAUGACCCUCAUCUGAUGGGAAUCAUCCCACGAAUUUCCCGAGACAUUUUCGACCACAUCUACUCCAUGGACGAGAACCUGGAAUUUCACAUCAAGGUUUCAUAUUUUGAGAUCUAUCUGGAUAAAAUCCGGGACUUGUUGGACGUGUCAAAGACCAACCUGGCUGUUCAUGAGGACAAAAACAGGGUUCCCUUUGUGAAGGGUUGUACGGAGCGUUUUGUGUCCAGCCCUGAGGAGGUGAUGGACGUCAUUGACGAGGGAAAAGCAAACAGACAUGUUGCCGUCACCAACAUGAACGAGCACAGUUCUCGCAGUCAUAGUAUUUUUCUCAUCAAUAUCAAGCAGGAAAAUGUGGAAACGGAGAUGAAACUGUCGGGGAAACUUUACCUGGUGGACCUUGCUGGCAGCGAGAAGGUGAGUAAAACCGGAGCAGAAGGUUCUGUUUUGGAUGAAGCCAAGAACAUAAACAAGUCUCUGUCAGCUCUCGGGAACGUCAUCGCUGCUUUGAGCGAAGGAACGAAAACCCACGUUCCAUACCGAGACAGUAAGAUGACCCGGAUCCUGCAGGACUCUCUGGGAGGAAACUGUCGGACCACCAUCAUUAUCUGUUGUUCACCAUCUGUUUACAACGAGUCUGAAACUAAGUCCACUCUCAUGUUUGGACAGAGGGCUAAAACCAUAAAGAACACAGUGUCAGUCAACCUUGAGCUGACGGCUGAGGAGUGGAAGAAGAAGUAUGAGAAGGAGAAAGAGAAGAGCAGAAGUCUGAGCAUCAUCAUCCAGAAACUGGAGAAUGAGCUGAAGCGCUGGAGGAAAGGUGAGUCUGUACCUGUGGAGGAGCAGUUGAGCAGCAGAAACAAGAAGAGCAGCAGUGACUUGCCCACAGUAAUUGACAGCUUGGCCCCACCCACCGUCCCUCUGUCCGAAGAGGAGAAGAUGCAGUAUGAGACGCUCAUCACGGACCUGUAUCAGCAGCUGGACGAGAAGGACGAUGAGAUCAACCACCAUAGUCAGACAUCAGAGACGCUCAAACAGCAGUUGAUGGACCAGGAUGAGCUACUGGCAUCUGGUCAACAGGACAAUGAACGGCUGCAGGAGGAGCUGUCCAGGUUGCAGAGGGACAAUGAUUCUGCCAAAGAGGAGGUUAAGGAGGUGCUGCAGGCGUUGGAGGAACUUGCCGUCAACUACGACCACAAGAGUCAGGAGGUGGAAAACCAAAAUCGCUGCAAUGAACAGCUGAAUGAGGAGCUUGCGCACAAAACAGUGGUUCUGGAAGCAUUUCAGAGGGAGAUGUCCACUCUGCAGGAGCUCAGCUCCCAUCAUAAGAAGAGGUCUGCAGAGAUCCUCAGUCUGUUGCUCAAAGACCUUGGUGAAAUCGGCGGCGUUCUUGGGACCAGUGAGCUCAAAGCUAUGGCAGAGCUGAGCGGAGUGAUGGAGGAGGAGUUCACAACAGCUCGCCUCUACAUCAGUAAGAUGAAGCCUGAAGUCAAAUCUCUGGUGAACCGCAGCAAACAGCUGGAAGCCAACCUGAUAGAGAACAGCAGUAGGGUGGAGGCCAACGAGAAGGAGCUCAGCACCUGUCAGCUGCUUGUCUCACAGCUCCAGGCAAAGUUGUCUUCUGUGACUGAUGACCUGCAGAAGAUGGAGCAGAAGAAGAGGCAGCUGGAGGAGAGUCAGGAUGCUCUGAUGGAGGAGGUCGCCAAACUCCAGGCUCAAGGUCAGAUGCACGAGCUGACGGUGAUGGAUAAGGAGAAAGAGCACAUGAGCCGACUGAAGGAUGCUGUGGAGAUGAAGAGAACGUUGGAGGAACAGAUGGAGAACCACCGAGAUGUUCACCAGAAGCAACUGAGUCGACUCAGAGAUGAAAUCCAGCAGAAACAAAGAGACACUGAUCACCUGAAAGAUGUGAAUCAGGCUCUGCAGCUGGAAACAAAGAAGCUUCAGUCAGACUUUGACAAACUGAGAUCUGAGGACCAGGACAAAGCCCAGAAACUCCAGAAACUGCAGUUCCUGUACGAGAAGAGAGAACAAGCCAAAGAGGACUUGAAGGGUUUGGAAGAGACAGUGACCAAAGAACUGCAGACACUGACCCACCUUCGUGAACUGUUCAUCCAGGACAUCACGUCUCGAGUCAAGAAUAGUUCAGAGAAUGACUGUGACGAGGCUGGUGGAAGUCUGGCACAGAGGCAGAGGAUCAUCUUCUUAGAAAAUAACUUGGAUCAGCUCAGCAAGGUCCACAAACAGCUGGUUCGAGACAAUGCUGACCUCCGGUGUGAGUUGCCCAAACUGGAUCGACGUCUGCGGGCCACAGCAGAACGGGUGAAAGCUCUGGAAACUGCCCUGAGGAACGCCAAGGAGUCGGCUGUGAGGGAUCGUAAACACUACCAACAGGAAGUAGACCGGAUCAAAGAGGCAGUUCGAUCCAAGAACAUCUCCAGGAGAGGACACUUUGCUCAGAUCGCCAAACCUAUCAGAGCUGGACAUCAGCACCAUCACUGUCCACCUUCCUCUGCAGCCAUCAGAACCACCAUCAGAGGUGGGGGGGUGGCAUCGAGUCCACGCCAUCACUCCCGACAACAACAGAGUCACAGCACGUAGGCUCCAGGUAGCUGCUGGACUGGAUCAGCUUCUGGUCCCCGAACUCUGGUUUUCACCAACCUGCCUUUACUGGAACCAGAAUCCUCAAUUCUUUAACUUUCGUCUGAAAAGUGCUUUCUUUUUGCCAUAAAACCUGUUUGAUCCAGUUUCUGAAACAUUCAGAGUUUCAGGUCUUAUCAGCAGAAAGCUUAACUCUUUCUGUUUUCUGUAUUAUUCUUAAAAGUUAUUCAAACUGAAAAAGACACUCAAAAUAAUAAAUAUUAAACAAAAUAGAAAUUUUACUUUAUUUCAACUUUUAAAUUUUGAUCCUAAAUUUAGCAAAGAAAACAAACCAAAAAUAAACUUCACAUUUUUGAUCAGGAUCAUUUCUAUUAAUUAUCACCACCUGACAAUCUCACAUACUUUUGAAAAUCCUGUUUUACCCACUGGUGAAAAAAAUGAUUAUUAUUACUAGUAAUAAUAAU